AUGCAUGUGGAAGACCCUAUGGAAACUGAAGAUGGAGCAAGCAGAAAUGAUAACAACUCUUCUGUUGACCAUGAAGACAAGGUAGAGCUCUUAAAGGAGCUAUCUAAACAGCCUGAUAUAUAUACAAGAUUGACUGGAUCUUUGGCACCAAACAUAUGGGAGUUGGAUGAUGUUAAGAAAGGCCUAUUAUGCCAGCUUUUUGGUGGAAAUAUGUUGAAGUUGCCUUCUGGGGCUAGCUUUCGUGGAGAUAUCAACAUUCUUCUUGUUGGUGAUCCUGGAACGAGCAAAUCUCAGCUGCUCCAAUACAUACACAAGCUGUCUCGUCGUGGUAUAUAUACCAGUGGACGAGGAAGCUCUGCUGUUGGGUUGACUGCGUAUGUUGCCAAAGAUCUUGAGACAGGAGAAACUGUUCUGGAGAGUGGAGCCUUGGUUCUAAGUAACAGAGAGAUUUGCUGUAUUGAUGAAUUUGACAAAAUGUCCGAAAAUGCAAGGAGGAUGUUACAUGAGGUAAUGGAGCAACAAACUGUUUCAAUUGCAAAGGCAGGGAUCAUUGCUUCCCUUAAUGCUCGAACUUCAGUUUUGGCUUGUGCAAAUCCAAUUGGAUCACGAUACAAUCCUCGGUUGUCUGUGAUUGACACUAUACACCUUCCUCCUGCCCUGUUGUCCAGGUACUGGAGCAGCAGGACAGAGUCAUGGCCGAAGAUGGUGCCUCAGAUGUCGACGAUGUCCAAAGUGUUCGGUUUGCAGGCGUUCGAACAAUACAUAUACGAUCUGACGUUGCUGGAGGCUACGGGGAGGAGGUUUAAUUCAAGAGGGUAUGAGAAGUUUAGGAACUUGGCAAAAAUUUCUAGGCCGAAAAAGAAGAGAAAAAAGCUUGAAGUGGAUAGUGAUAAUGGUGAUAAGAGGGAGAAAAAGAGGGGUUGGCAGGAAUGA